AUGACUUUUGAAACGAAGAUGAAAGGCCGCCAAUUAUAUGAUGCAAUCGGCCAACCUAAGACAAUAGUAGCGCCAAUGGUUGACCAAUCCGAAUUGGCAUGGAGAAUAUUGUCAAGAAGAUAUGGUGCUGAUUUAUGUUAUACUCCAAUGUUCCAUGCACGUUUAUUUGCAACUGAAGAAAAAUAUCGCAAUAACAUGUGGUCAGAACUAGAUGGAGAUAAAGAGAAAGAUAGACCUUUGAUUGUACAAUUCUGUGCUAAUGAUUCGGAUUACUUGUUGAAAGCAGCUAAGUUUGUGGAAGAUAAAUGUGAUGCUGUUGACUUGAAUUUGGGAUGUCCACAAGGAAUCGCUAAAAAAGGGAAUUAUGGUGCAUUUUUAAUGGAUGAUUGGGAUUUAGUCUAUAAAUUGAUAAAGAAUUUGCAUGAUAAUUUGAAAUGUCCUGUGACUGCAAAAAUAAGAGUUUAUGAUGAUUGGGAAAAAUCAUUGGAAUAUGCCAAACUUGUGUUGAAUGCUGGUGCGCAAUUCAUCACAAUCCAUGGUAGAACCAGGGAUAUGAAAGGCCAAGCAACAGGUUUAGCAAAUUGGGAAAUAUUGAAAUAUUUGAAAGAUAACUUGCCUAAAGACCAAGUAUUUUUUGCAAACGGUAAUAUUUUAUAUCCGUCCGAUCUUGAAAGGUGUACAAACGUUGUUCGAUGUGAUGCCGUUAUGUCAGCUGAAGGAAACUUAUAUAAUCCAGGGGUUUUCUGGACCAAAUCAGACGACAUAGAUAAACAGUUUGCAAGAGUUGACAGGAUGUUACGGGAAUAUUUUGAAAUAGUUAAAAGCUGUCCUGGCGAAGCAUCUAAACACUCGAUGAAGGCCCACUUUUUCAAGUUAUUGCAUGCGUUUUUAAGUGUACAUACAGAAUUAAGACCAGUGAUUGGAAGAACAAGUGUUCAUGCCAACAUUGACGAUUGGGAAGCGAUUGUGGUUAAAGUCGAAGAAAUUGUGGCCAAGAUUUACGAACAGUCGAAUAUUGUCGAACUAGACGUAAUUACAGUGGGAGAAGUUCAGACCUGGGGUGGGGCAUAUAAAACCAUUCCGUAUUGGAGAUGCCAACCGUAUUUUAGAAAAGUUAACGGUGAGAAGCAAAAUACAAGAGUUUUAAAGGUUGCUGCGGAUAGAAGCCAAAAGAAUGCGGUGGAGCAAAAUCGCAGUGAAAUCGCUGGUAAAAGGAAGGCUGAUGACGAACUUCAAGUCGAUGACAGAAAGAGAAUAGACACAACUGCAUAA